GAGGAACACAACCACAACCACCUUCGCCAUUGAGCAGAAGCAAACCCUAACUCCUCAAGCUCCUUUCAGUGGCACUUCCAUCUCCGAAUACCUUCCCGUCUCUGCAACAUCAACUCCCGCGCACUUUCGCGAAACACUUUCACGUCAUACCCCGCGGCAGAAACCUCUCGAGGAGACGCGCCACCUCUGUCUUCAGACAAACCCCAACGCCAAACAAUGCAAUAGCGCGGCUACGAUGCCUUCUAACUUCGAGCGUAAAGCACGUCGGAAGCAACAAACACGUCUGACCUUUGAUCCCGUCGAUCGAAGUUCCUCUCCAACAAACUUGUCGCCCGCCAAGGUACGUUACGAGAUGCCCGGCAAGAAGCAACGACCAACACCUAUCUCAAGCUUCACAGGCUUGGUGAACGACUCAGAAAGUGAAGAUGUGCUGUCUUCUACUAUGAAGGAUGAUUUCAGCAAUGAUACCUCUGCAGCGGCGAAAGAGAAUCAGAAGCUGCCUUUCAAGGCUUUGCCUACACCUGCGAAGUCUUCUCAACAGCCGGCAAAGGUUGAUACAUCUUUAGAUGAACUCGAAGAAUCCGAAGACGAACCCGAGAGCAACGCACGGAAGACUCGGAGCUCCUUCAUACGCAGCAUAGACUCGUCGAAGAAGAAGCACCGCCGCCACACAAUGGGUCUUGAUGGAACGUAUAGUUCAUCUAAUGGUUCAGCACCGGAAGAUAAUGCUUAUACACCAUCAAAGAAGAAGGCGAAGCGGACCCCGAUCAAGACUCCUACAAAAGGAAAGGCUAUCGUCAUUAAUAGCGACAGCGAAGUUGAAUCGGCCAUGGCUCUACCUUCACGAUCCAACAGAUCAUCUGCAAAGAAGCAAAAGUCUAUCACGUUGUCAGACAGUAGUGAAGAUGAGAUUGUUCAAACAACCACGAGAUCAUCUCAGCGUCGCCAAUCUUCUCUCAGAAAUGGCAAGAUCUCUCGAGGUUCACCUGCUUCAAGCUCACGAAUGAGGAGGCAGAGGACGACAAUUAUGGACGAGUCGGACAGUGAGGAAGAUGAUAUCAGAUCUUCACCACCAAAGCGCUUAGCACGUCUUGCGAUCCCAGACGACGAUGAAGACGAGCAAGAUAUUCGGUCUCCGUCGCCACGAAAGCCGCGUGCAAGAGCAACUAUUGAGUCCGAAGAAGACGAAUCGCAACCCAUUGUUUCACCUUUGAAGCGUACGAGAAAGCCGGUUGAGUCUGACGAUUCAGACAUUGUUUUAUCUCCAACAAAACGUCGACGUAAUUCGCGGCAGCGAGACGUUGACCUUUCAAGUGACAGUGAUCUUCCUUCUCCGAGGACGAUAGCUGCAAACCUCACGAGACAGUCUAAGUCCACAAGCAAGACACCGCCUCGUUUUACUCGACAACAAAAGACUGUUCGUCGACAUAGGACCGAGAAAGAGAAGAAGAUGGAGUUACUCAAACGCCGACGAGCGGGCGAGAAUAUCGAUACAGUAACUGAUUCAUCGGAGUCGGCUUCAGACGAGGAUGAUGAUGAAGAAGGACUUCAACAACUCUCUGAGUUUGAGGAUGAAGAACCCAGCCCAGAUAAUGCCAGAAAGCCUACGAAACCUGCAAAACGCGCUACUCGUUAUCCAAAUUCCGGUAGUGAGACAGAUACCGAUGGCUUUGUUAUUGAGGACGAGGAGGGUCCUCUCGGCAUCCCCGCCCAUCUAGCCGAAAUUCCUCUCGAGUUCACCUCAGCUGCGCACAAACCAAUAAAAGAACAUUUCAGAGACGUAGUUGAGUGGAUGGUACAUAAUAAAGUCAAUCCUGGGUUUGAGUGGAAGGAUCCAGUAUAUGAGACGGCAUUCCGAAAAGUCGAUCAAGAAUGCGGAGGCUUUGCUGAUAGCAAGUUUGUCUCCACCCAAUGGACUGCUGAAUUCACCAAGGCUAUCUAUGCCAGACCCAUUCUCGAAAUCAGAGAACUGAAUCCUGGAGAGGGAAUUGAUGUCCUGGGAGAGGCGAAGUGUGAAGCUUGCAACCAUCGAAAGCAUGUUCCUACCUUUUCUCUUCAGCUCAAGGGAAAGGCAUAUAGCAAGGUCACGCUUGAAGAUAUUGAUAAGGACAGCGACAGCGACGAGGAGUCAGAUGACGAUGAUUCUGAAUCCGAUUCUGACGAUUCGAGCGCACUAAGUGUAGAUGAGAGGGGAGCAACGCUUCUGAGUGAGGAUAAGCAGUGGUUUGCUGGUCGCGUCUGCAAAUUCAACGCGGAGCAAGCCCACACCUUAAUCCACUGGAAGUGGCAUCUCAACGAUUGGGUUGUUAGUCGACUUGAAGACGAAGGAGAAUGCACUCCAGCGAAACUUGCCGAGCGUGACAAGAUGAAGGGCAAACAAAGACACAAGUACGCUAAUAAGAUCGUCGAUCGCUGGCAAGAUGAGGGCAUCAUCAAGACGCUAUACAAGGACUUCAAGUCCCAAAAGGACACGGCUCGCGAGUUACAGGCUCAAAAGCGUGGAGGAUGGAAGUGAGCACUUCUCACUUGAUCUCACAAUAGGAGAGAAUUAGAUAUGAAGAUGGAGAAGAAGGGAUUCCCAACCUUUUGGCCUACCGAGUGUUGGCUAAUCGGUACGGAGUCCACAUAUGCUUGUUGAAUUUUUGUUGGACUAAGAUACCAUUUCCUUCUCUUCAAUUCGAUACAUGCAGCAAAGUAACGAGGUAGCUAGAUCUUGGCAUUCAUGAGAUGAGGUGGAUUUCAUGCUGAUCGAUCGAUGAUGGAUACCACAAGCUGCUUACGAAUAAUGAGAGACGACGAGAUGACGAGUGGGAGCAUCGAUAGUGGAAUAAAAAAACUCUAAAUGAAUGAUCCAACUGC